AUGUUUCAAUUAAUUCCGCUCGUUCUUCAAGCUACAGCUAUUGCUGCUGCUUCUGCAUCCAAAGCUAAUGUUCUUGAGUUUUCUAAUGUUGGGUUCCUGGGUACUUAUAAACAUGUCUCAGCCCUUGAAGACAUUUAUUCCGAUUCUUGUUCAUGUCUGUUAAGUGAUUCCACCACUCUGUUCUCCGGAUCGAAUGCCCCUCUUAACGAAGAGCUUUCAGUCCAUUUUAGAGGCCCCUUAACCCUUAGCAAGUUUGCUUAUUAUGUUUCCGACAACUUUGAAGUUGAUUCCGGUGACUCCGAAGAUUGGGAACGUUUAGCUUACUACGAAGCUUCGUCACAAACCGCUGAUAACGUUACUUUCCUCACUAAAGCCGGAAAAAACUCCUCCUGUUUAGGUGUUGGGUUGACCUAUGCAGACAGCGAUGGUAUCUCUAAGGCAGAUUCUUCUACGAUUCUUGAAGAAGGUGCUUUACUUGCUUCUAACGAAGAAUUUGUCAUCUUUUCCAACAUUUCAUGUGGUGAUUCCGGUAUCGACGGAGACUGUGGUGUCUACCGUUCAGAUACCCCUGCCUAUCAUGGGUUCUACGGUGCUAUCAAGAUGUUCUUGUUUGAGUUCACCAUGCCUGAAGAAACCUCUUUAAAGAAGGGUUCAGUAUCAAACUGGAACAUGCCCGCUAUCUGGCUUUUGAACUCUAAUAUUCCUCGGACUUCUCAAUACGGUACAAAUGUAAACUGUUCCUGUUGGAGAUCUGGAUGUGGUGAGUUUGAUGUUUUUGAAAUCAUGAACUACACUUCCUCUCAAGUAGGAAAGUUGCGUUCCACCAUUCAUGACUACCAAGGAACCGACGAUAUUGAAACUGGUAUACAAGUUCCAGGAUACUUUUCAAGAGAUUAUAAAGGGACAAUGAUAGGUGGGGUUGUAUUUGAUGGUAGUGGAGCUGUCUAUUCAUUCAUAUCAAAUUCCACCACCUUUAACGAUACCAUACCUGCUUCUAGUGUGAAGAGUUUGGUGUCAGUCCUGGACGAAGUUGCUACUGCUUUAUCAAGCGUGCCUGUUGCUUCUAGUACUGCUUCCGGGUCUUCUUCCUCCUCCUCCUCUAAAGAUAGUUCAGGAGCUCAUAUUUCGGCAUUUGGGGCCGUUGCUACCGUUAUUAUGACUAUCUUACAAAUGUUGUUCUAG